AUGGCAGACUCUUUGGUACAUGCAUUGGCAUCAGAUACACAGAUUUUGGCUUUUCAGUCAUUUGAACAUGCCGAGGAGCUUUGUCUUCUUGGUGCUGAAUGGGUACAGAAAGCAGGCAUAUUAUUACAAAUAAGUCAGAGAUGCGUCUAUACUGCUCUCGUUUUAUUUCGUCGCUAUGGUACAUUAUGUCCUCCUAGAGCUGUAGAUCUGAAUAUCUGUGUGAUGGCUUGUGUUUCUUUAGGUAGUAAGGCAACCGAAACUGAGGUUUCAUCGCAAGAUUUAUGCAACGUUGGAAUUUAUUUGAAGGAACAGUUCUUGAACCCAGGAAAAGACUAUCAGGUUCACGAUUUAUUUAGUACUGAAAUGUAUACUACAAAAGGAAAAAUUAACGAUAUGGAGCUGGAGAUUCUACGAGUCAUUGACUUUGAUACCCAUACUGUAAUACCUCACAAGCUGGCCAUUCACUAUUUGCAGACAUUGGGCUUGAUGAAUGAUAAACGCCUGACACAGUGUACAUGGAGUUUUUUAAAUGAUUCUUUGCAUACCUUGCUUUGCGUUUCGGUUUUACCUUUCGGAAUAGCAGUUGGCUGUAUUGCUCUAGCUUGUCGAGUCUUGAAUAGAAAGCUACCUCAAGGUUGGUAUCAAGUCUUUGAUGGUUCGGAAGAAGACAUAAAGAUAACAAAAAACUUGUUGGAGAACUUUUAUAAAACUUCAGAUUCUUUGCACAACAAAACUAGAUCCUUAUUUACAGCACCUUCAUGA